UAAACAAAACUAAAACAUGGUCUUCUUUCCUACUUAAUUGGAUCUUCAUUUGUCCCAAAGCACUUGAGCAUCUCCAUGUCUGCAGAACAAACAAAUGCUGCACAGUCCAGAUAAGGCCUGGGCCAACUUGCUGUACAAUACUAAUGUGCAAAACAAAGACGAAGACCAAGACCAAGAACACAGCCAGCUAUGAAUGCUAGCUGCUAUACUUUACUUGCUCCUUCCCCAACGCAUCCUUCCAAUUCCAUUGCCGGGCCUCAAAUUCCCAAUCCAGGGAUUGCGAAGACCAUCUGAGGCAAGAAAAGCUACUGCUCCGACGAUCACCGCGGCGAGAAGCUUAAGGCAACCAUGUGUGGCUGCGGCGGGAGGGUCUGCUGCGACUGCGAGGACUUCACGGACUGCCUCAUCCUCCUCGGCGUCGUGGCCGCCCUCGUCGUCGUCGCCGGCGUGGUCAUCGUCGCCGUCAUCUUCGGCGGGCCCCUCCGCCAUGUGCGGAUCACCGUGGAGGACGCGUCCCUGACCCGCUUCGCGCUGGUGAACGCGACGACGACGACGGCGCUGGCGUACAACCUGACGGUGGCGCUGGCCGUCCGCAACCCCAACUGGGCCAUCGCCAUCAAGCACAACAAGCCGCUGGAGGCGGCGUACAGCUUCGACGGGCAGCAGUUCGAGCGCGUGCAGGUCGCCGACGCGGGCGACAAGCUGGGCGCCCGGAAGACGGUGGUGUACCACCUCGCCUCGGGCUCGGAGGGCCGGCCGGUGGGGCUGGGCAACGCCGGCGAGGCCGAGUUCAGGAAGGAGAACGCGACGGGGGUGUUCGAGCUGGAGCUGGCCGUCACCGGCAAGUUCAAGUACACGCUGCGCAAGACCAAGUGCAAGAUCGAGGCCACCUGCCCGCUCAAGCUGCAGCUCCCGGCGCCGGGGGCGACGGCCGUCGUCGUGUUCCAGAAGGUCGACUGCGAGCUCGCCAAGUCGGAUGACAAGUACUGCUAGUCUAGACUGGCUUGAUUUGGAUGGAUGGAGCUCAUGUAUGUUGUUUUCUACACUGCCAUUGUUGGUGCUGGUUGCGAUUGAAUUGCUCUGAAUUCAUUCUUUUGCUUGCGAGAUGUAUGAACAAGAUUUGCUUAGCUUCCUUGAAAUUUGAACAAUCGAGCUUUCUUUUGCAUCGGAUCUUCAUUCGUAU